GUCAUUUCUUGACAUUUAAUAUUGCUUGUACGAUGGUACAUGUUUAAAAACACGAAUUGACCCUGUCUACUUAAAUUAACCAAUGGAAUUUUUGCGAAGUGUUAUUACCUUGUUUUAAAAGUUUUUUAAAAGUGAGAACGUUAAGGCAAAUAUGCUAAAGUGCGUAUUAUUCAUCCUGUCGAUCGGCUUCGGGGCGAAUCUCAAUUUGAAUCCUAGAAAAAAAGAUCCAGACACUUGUAUGACAAAGGACAACGAGUCAGGGAUUUGCGUAGUAUAUUAUCAAUGCAACGCAAAUGGGACACUCAAUACUGACGGCAUGGGAAUUCUGGAUGAACGGUUUGGCGAUUUGCCAUGCCCGUCCUACUUAGAUACCUGCUGCAAAAUCUCGGAUACACGUGAAACUGAUGACCCUAUCACACCCAAACCUAUCCAGAGACAAGGCUGUGGCUGGCGAAACCCAAACGGCGUCGAUCCUCUUAUCGGGACAGACAAGACAGGUGAUACUGCCCGGUUCGGAGAAUUCCCCUGGAUGGUUGCCCUACUACGAGUACAACCCCUAAAUCCGAAGGAGCCUGAGGAGACGUUUAACUUAUACAUCGGCGGUGGGUCACUUAUACACACUAGUGUUGUUCUAACCGCCGCACAUUUGGUCAAGACGGCACAUCACUAUCGCGUAAGAGCUGGGGAAUGGGAUACCCAGACGGAAAAAGAGUUAUUCCCGUAUCAACAAAGGGAUGUCGCUGAUGUUGUGUUACACGAGAAGUUUAAUAAACGCAACCUUCACUCUGACAUAGCUCUUCUAUUUCUGGAAUCAGAAGUAAAGUUAGCACCAAAUGUUGGUGUUGUGUGUCUUCCAAUAUCUGAAGUGGACGAUGGAAAGUGUUACGCAUCUGGCUGGGGCAAGAAUCAGUUCGGGAAGGAGGGUCGUUACCAAGUGAUUUUGAAAAAGGUGGAGCUACCAGUCCUUAACCGUGGUGUAUGCCAGGCGCAGCUUCGUAAAACUCGCCUCGGGAAAUACUUUCGGCUCAGCAAGACUUUCAUGUGCGCGGGUGGCGGUGAUCAGGACACUUGUAGGGGUGAUGGCGGAUCGCCGCUAUCUUGUCCUUUACCGUAUCAAGAUGAUCGCUACGCGGUAAGUGGAAUAGUUUCUUGGGGAAUUGGUUGCGGGCAGACUGGCAACCCUGGAGUGUAUGUUAACGUAGCAAUAUUUAGAUCUUGGAUUGAUGAUAAUGUUGCCAGACGCGGAUUCGACACUAAUGUUUAUAAUUACUUACUAUAAAUCAAUUAAUUACACGAACAACAGAUUUUUUAUUAAAAUUAUAAAGUGAUAAUCGUGAUCCUAAUCGUGAACAAAUUAAUUAGUAUGGAAAUUGUCACGUGACAAAGCGUAAGAUAAUCUGAUUUUCAUACUAAUUACUUUCCCGCUAUCGAGUACUGACUGACAUUGACACAAGCACACCCAUUGCGACGUUACCAUUCUGACAGAUCACGUUUGGCGCAUUUUUUUUAUAUUCUGAUACAGUCCUUCUGGGCUUUUCAAAUCAAGAGUCUACAAGGGCUUAGGUUAUGAAAAUGUAAAAUGACAGACGAAAAACAAAUCCAUGUCGCGUGUCGUCGCUGAUGCUUGGACAUCAAACCAAACCCGCUGUCAUUUUAUAUUUCAUUUGGAGAGAAUUAUACGGUAUUUUCUUA